AUGAGAUUUGGUGAGAUAUUAAAUGAAGCAUCAGUUCCUGAAUGGAGAUCAUUAUAUCUUGAUUACAAACAUGGCAAGAACCUAAUAGAACGACUUGAUGAUAUUCAGGAGAGCAUAGAUGAAUCAUCAGGUAAUAAAAAGAGUGAUAAAAAUACAAGGAAGAAUAAUGCUAGAAAUGUUGAUGAGUUUACUCCAUUACUUGCUUCUUCUGAGGUAAGAAUGAAAUCUAAUCAGGACCGUACAGAGUUCCAUUUGGAUGACUCCUCUGAGUAUAGAACGGAGGGGAUGAACAAUGUACCAGAAAGGGCGAAGGAUUCUAGGUUGGAUGAUAAUGUGGAGCCAUCUCUAUUCAAUCACUUGUUUCAUUCUAACAAAAAGGAUUAUUUGGAAGUUGAGAAGCAGAAAUUCAAAGAGUGGCUUGAUUCUGAGUUGGAGAAAGUAAACUCAUUCUAUAGAGAGAAAGAAGAACGUAAGUUUGAAAAGUUUCUCUUUUUGCAAGACCAGUUGUACCAAUUGCGAGAACAUAAAGCUGUGGUAUUGCAAGAGAGAUUACAGCACCAAAAACAUAAGCAUAUUGCACACAGAAUAGAUAAUAAACACAGCAGAAUACACGGAAUAGCAUUUCAUACCAGAACUGCAUUUUUUGCCUUGAAAAGAUUUGAAUUUCCGUCUUUGCCUUCAACUGUAUUUUUAAAUAAGUGGAACAACAAACAAGAAAGAGAUACCAAGGAACAUGAUUUUGAAGACAUAAAUUACCAUGAGAAUAGGAUCAGAAAUGGGAUAGUCUCUUCAACAGACGAUGACGACGACUUUACCCCAGUCGACUCAGAUAUUAAUUGCGACAAUACGCCACUUCUACAGCCAAGGAGUAUGAGGUAUUCAGCUCAAGAGCCACAGAGUUCAGCGAUGAAAAAAGCAACAGGAAGAAGGGAUUACAGCACCAAGAAGAAUAAUUUCAGGGUGCCAUAUGUGCACGCUCGACAACAAUUGAAGGAUGCAAUAAUUGUCCAUUAUGGAGCAUUAUCAUUAUUGAAGUCUUUUAGAGAGUUGAAUAGAACAGCUUUUCGGAAAAUUACGAAAAUGUAUGAUCAGACCAUGAACACGUCUAUUUCGGUCCCAUACAUGAAGAAAAUUGACAACGAAUCAUAUUUCCAAACAAGUGAUACACUCGACAGGUUGAUAAGCCAAACCGAAGAACUAUACAUAGUAUUUUUUGACAGCCCUACUACCGAUAGAAAAACCUCACUAGAAAACUUAAAGAGUAUUUCUUAUGCAUUGAAUAGUAAAGUACAAAAAUCAUAUUAUGCCCCAUUCUUCACAUCUGGGCUUUUAUUAGGUAUAGGUUUUCCGAUAUUUAUUCUGGGAUUAUAUGUUGCAUUACGAGAAACUUUAAGUGGUGACUUACCCGAGGGGAAAUUCUUGUUGCAAAUAUGGGGAGGAUUCUUUUUGUUAAUCUUAGCAUUUUUACUUUUUGGAAUAAAUAUGUAUGUCUUUGACUUAUUCAAGAUUAACUAUAGAUUUAUUUUUGAAUUUAACUUGGUGUCCACGUUGAAUUACAAACAGUUUUUGUUACUUCCAUCAUUUGGAUUUGCAUUCUUUUCAAUACUAUGUUGGUUCAGCCUGAACGACUUCUGGCCUGACAUAUUUCCAGGUAGGGACUGGCCCUGGAUAUUUUUUGUGGUUAUGAUAGUGUUAUUUAUUUGGCCUGGUAAUCAAUUCUAUGCGUCAAGUAGGAAAUGGCUUCAAGUUGCACUUUGGAGAUUAUUAUUAUCUGGUUUCUAUCCUGUUGAAUUUAGAGAUUUCUUUUUGGGUGACAU